CGAGCUGGCGCCGAAAUGGGCGACGCGAGGCGCAAGUGAGAGGGGAGGGGGCGCCGGGCAAUCAGCGCCGAGCCCAGCGUGGCCCCUGGAUCGAGGGGCUCUCGCUGCAGGGCGCAGGGCCGGAGGCGCUCGGUGAUCCAGCUCGGGACCACGGUGUAGUACGCCGCGGGCACGAGUUCCAAGCCGAUGUCCCAGGUGAGCGACCAGCGCCCUCCUCACUGCGACGUGCCCCAUGGAGAUCCCACCGCAACCUCUGACCCAGGCCAGACCCUGCCCCUGCUACCUGGGCUGGAGGUAGUAACAGAAUCUGCGCAGUCCGUGGAGGCCGUGCCAGAGGAGAGCUCCCUGGAGGAGGUAGCACCCCCAAUGCCCCAAGGCAAUGGCCCUGGGGUCCCCCAGGCCCUGAACAGCACUGACCUUGCUGUUCCCACAGAAGCUGUGACAUGCCAGCCUCAGGCGAACCCCUUGGGCUGCACCCCACUACUGCCAAAUGGCUGUGGUCACCCCUCGGAGCUGGACGGCACCAGGCAGGCAGGGAACGGUACCCUGGGUGGCCCCAAGACCCAUCGGAAGUUGCAGACACAUUCCUCUCUGGCCAGCCAGGGCAGCAAGAAAAGCAAGGGCAGCACCAGAUCAGCCGCCUCCCAAAUCCCCCUUCAGGCACAGGAAGACUGCUGUGUCCACUGCAUUCUGUCCUGCCUGUUCUGUGAGUUCCUGACGCUGUGCAACAUCGUCCUGGACUGCGCCACGUGCGGCUCCUGCAGCUCCGAGGACUCGUGCCUCUGCUGCUGCUGCUGCGGCUCCGGCGAGUGUGCCGACUGCGACCUACCCUGCGACCUGGACUGCGGCAUCCUGGACGCCUGCUGCGAGUCCGCAGACUGCCUUGAGAUCUGCAUGGAGUGCUGUGGGCUCUGCUUCUCCUCCUGACCCUCCAGGGCUGGCACAUGCAAGAGCUGGUCCUCUCCCCGCCACCCUCCCCAGCCCCAGUGAGAAGGGAGAGUUGCGGGGCAGGUGGUGCUGAGAAGCCAAAUCAG